AUGGGAGACAAACAACUGAUUGACGAGCUUGAUAAAACACUUUCUAAUAAAAAGAGUAACCGUCUUUCAGUUCCUGGCAAACUCCUGUAUGCAAUGAAAUUCACAACAGCCCAUCCAGAGCUAAGGGAAAUAAUUGGCAUUUAUUGGCUUGAUGAUUAUACAUUUAUGGUGAAUAAUUCAAUUGCCUCGAAGCAUCUAGAUAUCAAAACCAGCUCAAUGAAUAAAAAUUUCAGUGAUUUUGGUUUCAUUGCGAUAUCAGACAUUGAUAGAUCGGUAACACCCUCAACAGUAUCAACGCCACUUGAUGCUGGGUUUUCAUCAUCAUCUAAAAAGGUGGAAACGAGUAAUGUUGUAUGGACAAAAAGGACACAUCGAAGGCAAAGGCUUUUUAACAAAAAUAUAGAGCCAGAAAUGUGCAUUGUUGCAAAAGAUGUCAAGUACUCAGAAAUUAUCGAUGAAUUUCUACGAGAAGAUCCCGUGAAAUAUGAAUGUUUUACAUUACUUGAUAAAUUAGGCAAAAAUUAUAUAGAAUAUGUAGAACCAGUUAUAAUAGAGUGGAAAAAUUUGAAGCAAGAGCUCGGUGCUUACGGAAAUGAAAUAGAAUUAGAAAAAUUUACGGAUUGUUUAGCAAGAAACGCCAAAUCGAACUAUCCUCAUAAUGUUUCGAUCGCUCUAUCAAGAUUUAUACAGAAAAGUAUCUGUUCGUCAGUAGUUAUCCCUAAUAUUACGUUUUUAGAUUAUGUUAGACUUUGUUUACGUUUUGGACCUCCAGAAAGGAUCGUAGAAAACGUAGAAGCCCUUCUAAAACCCCAUAGAGAUGAAUUCGAGGACUGGUUCUCAGCAACUGUCGAGACAACAAAUAUCAGAGAUUAUCCUUACAUCAAAAUGUCAAGUAGCCAUCCCUGCUACUUCUCCUUGGUCAAACCACCUUCAGAAAGGAUUACUAUUGCUUAUAAUCCUUUAUCUCCUCAAAAUCAAUCUUUUAAUUGCGAAGGAUUCGAAGCAGGAUCUCUUAAAGAGAUUCUUGCUCAUCUUAACAUCAAGGUCGGUGAUAAUUCAAUGAAUCCGUCCUUCUCUUCUUAUUAUCCAGAGAGUUCUAUGCCGGAUGCAAAUGAUUUGUCAUCUUACCUUCCUUUCUAA